ACAUUUAAAAGCAACAGCGUUGAACCAAACAUUGGAAUAAAUGGUUUAUUACCGUUUUUACAAAAUGAUAAGUUAGAGAAGCGACAUGUUAGAAUUUUAUAUAUUUGUUUCCAUGUAGUGAAGCUGGACAAAAGGAAAUAAACGUUGAUGUGGAGUUUAUUUUAACUAGCAAUUUCCGGUCUGUUACUGGGAGCUACUCGAACUUUCUACUGUGUGUCGCCGCCCCUCUAGUUAAUGCUAAGUUUCUCAGCAAGCAGCUGACUUCACCUCUACAGGUCCAGCUGUUGGAAUGUUCGGUUGUGUGGUCGCUGGGAGGCUGGUGCAGACGGACGCGGUGCAGGUCGCCGCAGACAAAUUCGUCUUCGACCUGCCGGACUAUGAGAACGUCAAUCACGUGGUGGUUUUCAUGCUGGGUACAGUGCCUUUCCCCGCCGGCAUGGGCGGCGCCGUCUACUUCUGCUUCCCGAAUCCGGGCGGCGGUGAUGGGCCUGUGUGGCAGCUGCUCGGCUUCAUCACCAAUGACAAGCCCAGCGCCAUUUUCAAGAUCUCUGGACUGAAGUUAGCGGAGGGUGGCACCCCCGCGCAACCCUUUGGCACCGCUGCCACCACAUCCUGCAUGGCUCAGCUCGGGGUGUCCGUGGAGCCUCUGCAGCAUCUAGCUCAACAGGUCCCCGUGUCCAGUGCAACCGUGUCCACCGUUGACUCUUUCCAUCUUUUCACACACAAGAUGCUGGACAAUCUUUACAACUACGCCUCGUCGUUUGCCGUGUCGCAGGCGCAGAUGACGCCUAACCCCAGCGAAACCUUCAUCCCGUCAAGCUGCGUCCGUCGUUGGUACGAGAACUUUCAGAGGAGGAUGAGCCAGAAUCCGAAUUUCUGGAAGAGCUGAGGCUUCAACCACAGACUGGAACUUCUGUGUCUGUGUUGAAACCUGCUCCUGGUUAUGGAGCCGAAUCAUGGAGUUUUGUAACCGAUCACAACAAAUGCAAUCAUUCAUGCUUUUAAACAAAAACUCAUCGUUUGUAAUGUUGCAUCCUGUUCGGAUUACACACCCAAUCUAAUUCAUCAGCAACAAUUCUACAAUUUAACCACAAGGUGGACCCUUGGUUGAAGAAAGAAGUGCACUUCAAUGGAAACUCGGGAAGCUCAAACUUUUUGGCUUGUUUUGUUAGUAGCGGUUCUCGAUAACGUCAAAUUAGACCCUGUAAUCUGGAACACACGAUUGGACACUAUAUGACAUCGUAUGUGAAAGUAUAGAAAGACCCGAGUAAAAGGUAGCAUUUAAAAUUUUUGUUGGAAAAUUAUAUAUCUAAAGGGAUAUAGCCUUAGACACUGAAUCUGGCCCUGACCUGGACAACUGCAAAUAUUACCACAUCAAGUUCAUGCAAAUGAGCACCUAAAUAAGGGUAAAGACUGACACAACCGUGCCUUCAGGUCCAUAGACUGACAAAGCUGCAACAGGACAUGGAACAAAAUCCUGGAGUCACCUUGUGGUCAACAGAUAGUCUUUUAUUUCUUUAAAAACACCCAGAAAAUACACGAGAAGAGUCAAAAGUUAAAAUAUUAUAAUAAACUCUUACACAAAACAAA